AUGGCCAAGAUCACCACUUUGCUCUUCGACUGCGACAACACCCUCGUCCUGUCCGAGGAGCUCGCCUUUGAGGCGUGCGCCGGCCUCAUCAACACAAUCUGCGAGGAGCGCGGUGUCGAGGCCCGCUUCAGCGGGGAGACGCUGAUCAAGGAGUUCGUCGGCCAGAACUUCCGCGGCAUGCUCACCACCCUGCAGAGCAAGUACAGCAUCGAGAUCGCGCCCGACGACAUGGAGAAGUACGUCCUCAUGGAGGAGGACGCCGUCAUCGCCAAGCUCAAGGAGUCCCUGCGGCCCUGCCCCGGGGUAGACGAGCAGCUGGAGCGGCUCGAGGCUUCGGGAAAGUACCUCCUCGCCGUCGUCUCGUCGUCGGCCCUGCGCCGCGUGCGGGCGUCGAUCGAGAAGGUCGGGCAGGACAAAUUCUUCAAGGGCGACGUCGUCUUCUCCGCCGCCACCAGCCUCGAGAAGCCGACCAGCAAGCCCGACCCGGCCAUCUACCUCCACGCGCUGAAGAAGCUCGGCAGGGCCGCCGGGGAGACGGUCGCCAUCGAGGACAGCAAGAGCGGGACCCUGAGCGGGACCCGCGCGGGCAUCAAGGUCGUCGGGUACGUCGGCCCCUACGCCGACGACAAGAAGGCCGAGAUGGAGCAGGUGCUGAGGGAUGCCGGUGCGGUUAUUGUCAUGAAGGACUGGUCCGAGUUCCCGUCUGUUCUAGAGAAGAUCGAGGCCGGUAGCGUCUAG